CAGACGCCGCUGGACUCCGCAGCCCGGGCUGGGGCUGGGGGCGCUGUGCCGGGACCAAGCAGCCGCGCCACCACGCGUGCACGCGCAGGUCCAGGACACCCCCGCCCCCUGCAGCGAGCAGGACCCGAGGGACCGUAGCAAGCCCCGCAGGAGCGGGCGCCUCUAGGCCUCCAGAUGUUCGCUGCCAUCCAGCCAGGACUAGCAGAGGGGGCCCAGUACCUGGGGAGCCUGCCUCCUGGAGUAUGUCAGCCAGACCUCCAACCAGACAAUAACUCCAACUUUGUGGAGAGUGCGAAGGAUGCCAAUAAGAACUGGCAUGGUGUGCCAGGCAAAGUGGAUCCCAUUCUGAUAAGGAGCUCCUCUGAGUCACCCUCUGAUUACCAGGUCUUCCAAGCCACCGGGCUCCCUGAGGCCAGAGUCCGCAGUCCCCCAGAGGGUGCGGAGAUCCCUGGUGCUGAGCCAGAGAAGUUGAGUGGUGCCAGCAGUGUCUGCUCUCCUCUGGAGGACAUUGGCUAUGCCAGCAGUUCCUUGAGCAUCGACAGCUUCAGCAGCAGUCCAGAGCCUGUCUGCGGCACCCCUCGAGGUCCGAGCCCUCUGGAUCCCCUUCUGCCCUCCGUGGCCCAGGCCGUGCAGCAACUGCAGGCUCAGGAGCGCUACAAAGAACAGGAAAAGGAGAAACACCACGUGCAUUUGGUGAUGUACCGGCGCUUGGCGCUGCUCCAGUGGAUCCGGGCUCUGCAGCACCAGUUGGUCGACCAGCAGGCCCGACUGCAAGAGAGCUUUGACACCAUCCUAGACAACCGUAAGGAGCUUAUCCGUUGUCUACAACAGAGGGAAGCACCUUGCAGGCACCAGGACCAGGGCUAAGGGUGUGCACAAGGGUGUGUGCAUAAGGGUGUGUACACAAGGGUGUGUAUUUGCAGGCUUUUGUGUGGUUAUGCACAAGGAAGUAUGCGAGUAUUAGCUGGCAUGUAUGCAAGUAAGCAUAAGUGAAUAUCUAUAUGCUAGCAUGUAAGCAGGUAUGUAAAGCAUGUGUGUUUAUGUAUGCAUGUGUGGCUAGGUACCCAGGAAUGUGUAUAUGUAUUCUUGAAUGUAGAAGCAGAAGAUAUAUAUGCAUUUGUAUCAGUUUAUAUGUACAGGUUUGUGUUGGGUGUGAAUGAACCUCUGUGUGUUGAGACUUACACGUUCCAGUGCUGGCGUAGGAAGCACGUGCUAGGAACGUGUAUUUGCAGAGACUUAAGGGCAGGUGUGUGUAAAUAUAUGUUUAAUUGCACCUGCAGGGCAUCCACCCAUCUCCUGUGUUCCCAAAGUCUACCCCAGCCUUAUUUGCUGAGUCUCUCCUCACAGCUUCCUGGAGAAAGAAAACUCUCACACGGUCAUACAUCUGAGGGCUGUGGCUGACCUGUUCUCCUGCAGUUUCCCAGGCUACCUUUCCUAUCCCUUCCCCUCCAUCCUUGCUCUAAUACCACUGGCCCUAAUGUUGGCUUGUUUGUAAGAAUUUUUUUUUUUUUUUAAUUUGGGGUGGUUGCUUUUUUUGUUUAUUUGGCUUAUUACAGUACAAGGGAUUGAGCCCAGAGCCCAGUGCAUGCUAGACAAAUGUCCUACCACUGAGCUGCACACGUAGCCCCAGUUCAGAGAUUUAUUGGCCACGCUGGCCUUCCUAUGCAUAGGACAGUUUGUGGAGAAUUGGUAUCAAGGGAGGGAACUGACACAGUGGUGGAGGCUGCGGCAGAAGAGGGAGUGGAGAUAAAGAAAGAUAUAAGAAACUGUCUUCUUAGCUGGGCUCUGAUGGUGCACAUCUUUAAUCCCAGCACUCAAGAGGCUGAGGCAACUGGAUCUCUGAGU